UUAAACCCAACUCAAUACCACGCAAUUUCUCUCCUCUUUCCUUCAGGCUUCAAUGCCCGAGAAUACUAUAAAUAAACAUACGCCGAUAUCUAAUUUGCUUCCUACUUCCUCAACGCGCUUCUCGCCCUUUAGAAGCGUGCUUCUGUCUCUCUCUCUCUCUCUCAGCGGUCUACGGCCAAUUCAUACAUAGAGAGAGAGUGGGAUAGAGAGAUAAGGAAGGGUCCGUUGGAUACUCCCAGCAUUUCUCGCUGUUCGAAUCUCAAUCAUACGUCCUCAGGUUCUUGUUGCAUUGUUUUAGCAAUUCCAUCGCAAUGGCUGCCACUGCAACUGUCUCUUCUACAGGUCCACGGUAUGCACCAGAGGACCCCACACUCCCAAAACCAUGGAGAGGCCUUGUUGAUGGCAAAACUGGGUACCUUUACUACUGGAAUCCAGAGACGAAUGUAACCCAAUACGAGAGGCCUUCAGGCUCGACUCCUCGACCAAAGUCUUCUUCAGUGCCCAUUAGCUCUUCUGUCCAAGUUCAACAAUCUUCCCAAUUACAGCGUCGGGGCUAUGGUCCUGAUGUAGAUGAGAGGUAUGGAAGAGGUAGCAAUGGUGGUUUAAAACCCGAGGUUGGAUCAAGGACUCAGCAGAGUGUAAAAGGGGGAACUUUCCAUUCCAGUAAUGCUCCAAAUGGGACUCUCAUUGUCGGACCUGGAGGUUCUUCUACAAGAGCACAUGUUGCUUCAGACGUCGGAGUUGGUUUAUCUGCAGAGUCUUAUCGUCGCCGGCAUGAAAUAACUGUUACCGGUGAUAAUGUGCCUCCACCUUUUACAUCAUUUGAAGCUAGUGGUUUUCCACCUGAGAUUCUUAGUGAGGUACACAAUGCUGGGUUCUCUGCCCCAACUCCAAUUCAGGCACAGUCAUGGCCAAUUGCUCUUCAAGGUAGAGACAUAGUGGCCAUUGCCAAAACUGGUUCGGGGAAAACCUUGGGUUACUUGGUUCCUGGAUUUAUUCAUCUCAAGCGUACCCGUAAGAAUCCUCAAUUGGGUCCAACUGUGUUAGUAUUGUCGCCAACAAGGGAGUUGGCAACACAAAUACAAGAUGAAGCAGUGAAGUUUGGAAAAUCAUCAAGAAUCUCGUGCACGUGUUUGUAUGGAGGAGCUCCAAAAGGACCCCAGUUGAGAGAUAUAGACAGAGGAUCAGAUAUAGUGGUUGCCACGCCUGGCCGCUUGAAUGAUAUUCUUGAGAUGAGGAGAAUCAGCCUUCAUCAAGUUUCUUACCUUGUACUCGAUGAGGCCGAUCGGAUGCUUGACAUGGGUUUUGAACCUCAGAUAAGGAAGAUUGUAAAGGAGGUGCCUCCUCGCCGCCAGACCCUCAUGUACACAGCAACAUGGCCAAAGGAAGUUCGGAAAAUUGCAGCAGAUCUGCUGGUCAAUCCUGUUCAGGUUAACAUGGGCAAUGUGGAUGAGCUUGUCGCAAACAAGUCCAUUACGCAGCAUGUUGAACUAUUGGCACCCAUGGAAAAACACAGGCGGGUGGAGCAGAUAUUGCGAUCUCAAGAACCAGGAUCAAAGAUAAUUAUCUUUUGUUCAACCAAGAAGAUGUGUGAUCAGCUUGCUCGCAAUCUUAGCCGCCAGUUUGGUGCUGCUGUUAUUCAUGGAGACAAAUCUCAGGGUGAGAGGGAUCACGUGUUGAGUCAGUUCCGAACCGGGAGGUCUCCAAUUCUUGUAGCUACUGAUGUUGCAGCUCGAGGACUGGAUAUCAAGGACAUCAGGGUAGUUAUCAACUAUGAUUUCCCAACAGGAGUGGAGGAUUAUGUUCAUAGGAUUGGGAGGACGGGGAGGGCGGGUGCCACAGGUGUGGCUUAUACAUUCUUUGGCGACCAGGAUGCCAGAUUUGCUUCAGAUCUCAUCAAAGUUUUGGAAGGUGCAAAUCAGCGAGUCCCCGAAAUUCGUGAAUUGUCAUCUCGUGGCGGUGGGAUGGGCAGGUCCAGACGUUGGGGUUCUAGUUCUAGUUUUGGUGGUCGUGAUGGGGGCCGUGGUGGACGUAAUGAUUCAGGUCAUGGGGGAAGGGGUGGGCGGGGAUUUUCUUCUACCCCUUCUGGACGGCCAGAAAGAGGUGGAGGCCGUGGAAAUGACUAUGAGUCACGUGAGAGGUAUGAACGUGGUUACAACUAUGGACAAGAUAGAGGCCGCAGCCGCAGUCGCAGCCCCAACAAGGGUUCUGCUUGGGGUGAACGCAGUAAAAGUAGGAACCGCAGCCGUAGUCGUAGCCUUGACCGGUAUGAUAGGGCUCCACAAGCACAUGUGCGCUCCCCAGCACGCAGUUUUCACCAAGCAAUGAUGGAACAUGGUAGGUCAUCCCCACCACCUCAACACCAACGUGUGCCGCUUCACAACAGUGGGAGUGCAAGGGAACCCAAGGAUUCACCACAUGAAUGGGGGAGAUCCUUGGGUGGAGGGCGGCAGGAAAAUGGAGGAUUUGCCAAUGGACCUCGUUCUGCUUAUUUAGGGGAUGAAGAGGAGGAAGGCAUGAUACCUCAGGAUGAGGAUGACAUUGUGGUAUCACGCAGCAGAUGAAGGUGCCGGCCUGAGGCUGCGCUUUGUGUUUGUUUUUUAUAAGUGUUGUAAGUGGAGGUAGGUGCCAUAACUAAGAAAACGGUGGCGUUUGGGGGCGAGAGGGGGGGGGGGGGGGUGGGGUGGUGGUGGUGGUUAAAGAAAGACUGAACCAGAUUCCUUAGAACUUUGACUUCAUUUGUUUCUCUUUCUUGUGUUUGGUACGGAAGAAAGGGCAAGGAUGAAACAUCCCUCAACAAAAUUGAUGUAACAUGGUGAACUGAAUAGUAUAUUUGCUAAUUGUUCUUGCUA